AUGAGCAGUAAAAAUUACGUUACUAUGAUUAUGACGAGUUUCAUCCUUUCGGUGCUCAUGUUUCUCCGGUUUACUUGGGUUACUCAUUCACUUCUAAUUGCUUCCAGUAGAAUAACUUGCAUUUUUCAAAACCCCAUGCCGGAAAAUUAUGAAACCCCAAACUGA